AUGGCGGCUGCGAAGUUAUUACGACGCGCGGCAGCUGCAGCCGCCGCUGUGGUGUUGCUGGGAACAUUCCAGGGCCCAUCGGACCCCAGCAACCUAGUUGGCUUCUCUGGGAUGAAUUUCAGCUACAUUUUGGCAGUUGAAGCGGGGAACUCCAGAGGCUCCGACGGUCAAAAGGAGCGGAGUGGUUUGGGAAAGGGGAAUGGUAAGGGAUCGAAAGGUGGUAAUGAGCCUGAACGGCGGAACUCGGACCCCAUGCUGCAAAUGAAUGGAGACGACGACCACGCAGAAAAGGAGGGAUCCAGUGCUAAGAAGCGUCCAGCAAAACGUGGUGGUGUGAAAGGGCAGAGCAACCUGAGGGGCUCUGCGUCCAACGCAAGCGGUGACAAAUCUCUAACAUCCGAAAAUCCAGUCUUAGAGAGCAUCUUCAGCGCCUUCACCGAGUUCGGAAAGGAUCCAGAUCAUCCUCUUGCUGAUCAGGUAAAGGAGGUGAGGGCUCUUAAUGAACUAAUCGACCGAAUCUUUGUUCCCCGCCUGCAGACUCCGCCGAAGUAUACUGGAGCUUUGGAGUGUGUGAAUAUGUCGAUUUAUCGCGACGUGCUGAGCGGGCCAAAGAAGGUGAAGGACAAUCCUACCCUGCUGCAGCUGGCAUACAGUGUUAUUCGCCGUUCUCCUAUGGGGCUGGAGGUUCCGGCCCUGUUCGUGGAGCUGCGCGUUGAGACAGAUAAGCGGGUGUGGGAAGAAAGACGAAGGAAGGAAAUACGUCUUUACGAACUGAGAGGAGAACCUAUACCUGAAAGACUGCAACUUUCUGCGGAUGAGGUGGUGGCGCUCGAUGCUGAGGAGCCUCAAGAUCGAGAAGAGGACCUGUCAGAAACCGAGUUGGCCGCACGCACCAUCAUGAUAGAUGGAUGGAUGAAGGAGCAGAUGCGGUUGCGUUUGUAUUACCAGAAACGCGUUGGCACACUAGACGGGGAUCCGCAGGAUCUUGUAGAAGCCUUUGACGCCGGCCCCGAAAUCACAGUGAGCGUAGAAGAAGUCGUCGGCCUGGGCUACGGAGCGGUUCUGGAUCCUGAGCCUGAUGACAUUCAAAACUCACUGGUGCGACGUGCUAAUGCCCGCGCCGCAGAAUUCUAA